ACUCACGAGCUAAACAACCUUGGAGACUUUUGAAAAUUAUUUGUAGAAUUUUCCAAUUGGGGAAGAAUCGAAUAUGAGCAAUAAAGAGAUCAUUGUAGAGUUAUUUAACUCUCUACGACUUGGCCAUGUUUCUAGUGCUUUUAUUUCUUUGGGAUACGAUCGCCUUCAAGAUAUUGUCUGCAUUAAGAAAGAAGACAUUGACGCCAUCAUAACAAACCCUAAUGUCAAGGAGAAAUUUCUACGCAGUUUGUACGAAGAAAGAGUCGUUGUAAGUCUAUGGCUUCAAGAUCUUGGACUUUCAUCGUAUCAAGAGUCGCUUUUCUCAUUUGGCUUGACGAACUUAAAAUCUUACAUCAAUUUGAGUAAAACUUCGAAAGAAAUUUCCGGGAUUGCCAGCCAAGCCCAUCGAUGUAGACUCCUUAGGGCAGGUUUUUCAUUGGUUUUAGUCCAGGUUUUGGCCGAGUGUAAUAAAUCGCAUGUUGUGGCCACUGGAAAAUGGGAUAAACACGAGCAUCUUGCUGGAGGAAGGAAUGGUUAUUUUCUGUGUCUAACAGCUGAGGUUUAUAAAAACAACAUCAAAGACGCAAGCAAAACCGCUCUCACAGACCAAAAAAGAACUGUCAAGUUCCUGGUGGAUUCUGGAAGUGACGUAGUUACACUACGCCAUGACGUCAUUAGUGAACUCCAGUUAGACUGCAUUGGGACCGCAAAGCAGUGUGGKGCAGGUGGAAAAAUAAUCAAGACACCUGUGUACUACGCAUGCGUGAACAUUGGAGGACAUCGCGUUGAUGUUGAAGUUGUUGGCGACGUAAUGGACUCUCUCGGAACACCAGUGCUACGACAUUUCAAUCAUUUCAUUCAAGACGAAAAACACGUUUGGUUAACAAGGGAAUGAAUAUCAGGGACCUCGGUCACGUGACGGCUGACACAUGAGCCAGCCAGCUUGCACGUGCGGACUCCAAGAGAUGAGGAAGAUAGUAGAAAAUGUACUUAAACAAAGCAUUUUAGAGUAGAAAGAGAGCAAUUAAAGGAAUAUAAAUGAUAGAUUAAAGUAGCAAUAUUGGUAAGAUUGAGACAAAAGUAAGUUCGUGACUUAGAGCCGGAUUUACAGUGAAUGUCAGCCGAGAAAGGUAAACACACUAAGAAGGCAGGACACAGAAGAAAKCUAGCUCUUAGCAUAGCCACCUGUCAAAUGAACAAUGAAAGAAAGAUAUAACAAUCUACAACAGACCAUCUACAGACGCCUCUAGACAUAACAUUGGCAAUUUUUAACCUUUUUUUAAUCUUUGGUUUGAUUUUUUAACUAGUGAGAAGAAUAAGUGGUAAUGGACGGACAUGUUUCGUUGCUGAGCGCCGUGUUUUCGUAAGUUUAGUUGGUACAAAUUUGUUUUCAUAGUUAAUUGCUUAAAUUAAAUGUUUACUUUUCGCUUAAAUAAGAUUUUUUGAGUCGGAUAACUACUGUUGUUGUUAGACUGUGAUUAAAUCGUCAAGACCUGAAAACUGGUUGCUGUUUGAAGAACAAAAUUAUCCAAAAAAAAAAACAUAUCUUCAAAACUUCCAGCUAAAUCUGUAUAUAGAAUUAUAGCAAGAGAAUACAGGGACGAUCAGAGGAAGAAGAAAGAAUUAGUAUUGAAGGAGAGUGAUUAUUAUUAUUWUUUAUUUUGUUUUGUUAAAAAYCAACAGCAAAAUGAUUUGGAAUGUAGUUUAUUUCUUUUCAUUUAAAUGUUCAGAAAUGUUUUAAAAUCAACCAAAAUUUAAGAAUAUUAGGAUCUGGUUUUUUUUUUCCUUUUUUUUUUUCCUGUCUUAUGUUAUAAUUAUAUGAAAGUCCAUGUUGUUUAUCGAAAGAAGUGGAGACUUCUUAGAUUAAGUCAUCUGAAAAGAAACAAAUGGUUUUAACAAAUAAAACAGCUUUUUCCUUGCUCCGUUCCCAUAGUAAUAAAGCACGCAGGAAGUGGCGUAAGCACGAAAGAAGCGUAAGAAGAAGCACGAGCCGUAGGCGAGUGCUUCUCACACUUCUUGAGUGGUUACGACGCUUCCUAUAUGUGCUUUAUUACUGAAUGGAGCACGUAAAAAGCUGUUUGUUYGUUUUAUUAUAUAGCUAAUUUUUUUCAGUAUUUAAUUUAUUUACGCAAAAAGAAAGACGGUCGCAGGAUCUAACAGCGACUUCRCGGAUGGCGUCAGCACUGUGCUCCGUUUACUAAUAAAGCACAGUUUUGGACCAAUCA